AUGGGAGCACAUGUCAAACAACGCAAACAGCCACGUCUUAUGUCAGAAAUUAAAUCAAUUAUUUGUCCAUUGAUUAAAUCAAUAAACUUUUUUGUAUCGACGAAUAAUGAAGAAAGCUAA